UUCAGCUAAAAUUAAUGAUAAAAACACUUACGGGUGAUGCCUCCUCUGUCAGAUCUUAACUGGAACCAUGUGGACGUUGACGAUCAUCGCUGUUGCCAUAGUUCUAUGGCUGAUAUACAGGAAACGAUGUUUCUCCGUUUUAAAAGAGAUGGGAGUGCCUGGACCGGAACCAAAUAUUUUGUUUGGAAAUAUGCUGGAACUGGUCAUUAAAACACCCAUAAAAUGUCACGAAGAGUGGUUUAAAAAAUAUGGAAAUAUUGUGGGGUAUUAUUUAGGAACUAAGCCCGUAGUUUUAGUAGCUGACGUGGAGUUGUUGAAGAAGAUCCAAGUUUCAGACUUCCACAAAUUUAUAAAUAGGCCAAAUUUAUUCAGCGGUCGGCCAGACAGAAAAACUGAAAAAGUCCCUCGAAUAGAAGGAUUCAGUCAGCAGCUCAUAUCACUCAGGGACAAGAGAUGGAAAGAAAUUCGAUCCAUCAUAACGCCAUCUUUUACUGCCUCAAAGAUGAAACAGAUGGCUCCUAUCAUGAGCAAUGCCAUCGAUUCUCUUGUGGAGAACGUAGAGAAAAAAUGCUCCUCUGGGGAACCCUUCAACAUUUAUCCGAUGUAUCAAGGCCUCACCAUGGAUGUGAUUGGAAGGACUGCCUUCGGAAUUCAAACAGAUUCGCAGAACAAUCCCGACGACCCUCUGCUGCGGAGUUCUAAAAUUCUUUUCUCAGGGGAUAUUAGGAAUCCCAUUGCUGUGCUUGCAUUGAGUUUCCGUUCCUUGAACUGGUUUUGGACUUGGUUGAACCGAUUCAGGUUGAUUCUCAUGAACAAAGGAACAAACCCGAUCAAAGAGCUCAUUCAAUCAGUGAAAGAUGUCAUAUCUAUGAGAAGGAAAAACAAGGAGAGCAGAAGACCUGAUCUCCUUCAGAUGAUGAUUGAUGCCGAAAUCGACGACUUAUCAACUGUCACUUCUGAAGACUUGACGGCUACAGGGGAUUCAGAUAACAAAGAAAAGGAAGUAAAAAGUUCGACCUCCUCAAAGCUAAUACGAAAAAUGACGGAUGCUGAUAUUUUGGACAAUUCUGUUCUUUUCUUCUUAGCAGGAUACGAGACAACCAGUACAGCCUUGGCUUUUACAACACAUUUUCUGAUUCAGCAUGAAGAAGCACAAGAAAAAGUAAGACAGGAAGUUCAACAGUUACUGGAAACUGAGGGCGAACUUGAUUACUAUUCUGUUAGCAAACUGCAAUACUUAGAUCAAGUUUUUCAAGAAUCCUUACGAUUAUAUCCUCCAAUUUAUCUGUUCGUGAGUCGAGAAUGUGGAGAAGAUGUUGAAUUUGGAAAUAUAAAACUGAAGAAAGGAACUGCAAUUCAGGUGCCCGCUUUUUACAUGCAUAGGGAUCCCGAGUUAUGGGGAGCGGACGUGAAGGAAUUUAAACCAGAGAGAUUUUCUCCAGAGAACAAAUCCAAAAUUCAUCCGAUGGCUUUCCAGGCAUUCGGACAGGGACCUAGGAACUGCGUUGGAAUGAGAUUCGCUUACAUGGAGGCUAAACUCGCUCUGGCAAGACUGCUGUCCAAAUACAAAUUCAAACCCUGUUCGAAAACAGAGAAAGAACCACUAACUUUAAAGAUUUCUACAGCUACGCUAAAUCCUAAGCGAGGCAUCUGGACCAAAGCGGUGCCAAUAUGAUUGAUAUUCAUGGCAGGUUUAAAUCACACAAAUGACAUUUUCAUCUCUUGAUGAAUUUAUCUCAUCUCAAACUUCAUUGACCGGUUAAUAAUCCGGAAAUUCCAGAAGCUUCAUUUUCUCAUAAAGUCGAUACAAAGUGAUACAUUUACCACUAUUUUCAUGUCAUUCGCAAAAAAUUUGUUUCAAAUGCUAAUUUCUAAACCACUAUUUAUUAUUCGAUCCUUCAUGUGUUAAAUGUGUUUUUGUUUCCGUAAAAUAAAUGUGUUUCAAAAACUUG